AGAGUUCAAUUACUCCAUAUCAUUUCUUCUUAUUUUCAAACUGUGCAUUUUCUCGAUCCUAUCUCGUAUUUAUGUUGGUUUCUUCUACUUUUCUCUUAUCAUUUCCUAUUCGCUUCUAGGGGAAGUAGAAGCGGAAUCCCGGACAAAAUAUUCUCUAUUGUCUCGUUCACGAACAGGUUGGCGUUCGAGAGUCUCAAAAGAUGGAGCAAAAUGAAACUGGGUGCCAAGCUCCUCAAGCUCCAGUCCUUUGUGUGAACAAAUGUGGAUUCUUCGGAACAGCGGCAACCAUGAACAUGUGCUCCAAGUGUUACAAAGACGUGGUUUUGAAGCAACAGCAGGCCAAGUUUGCUGCUGCAUCAAUUGAAAGUAUUGUGAAUGACAGCUCCAACGCUGAUGAUAAGGGUUCAACUGUUGCCAUAGUUACUGGUGUGCAGACUGCUUCACCAGAUACAAUUGUUGCAUCAACACAAGCGUCUGCUGUAUCACUAGAAACUGAGAAAAGUGAAGAGCUUCCGAAAAGGUGCAGCACUUGUAGGAAGCGUGUUGGUUUGAUGGGUUUUAAUUGUCGAUGUGGCAAUCUUUUUUGUGCUGUUCAUCGCUACUCCGACAAACAUGAAUGUCCCUUUGAUUAUCAUGCAGCUGGUCAGGAAUCUAUAGCCAAAGCCAACCCAGUUGUGAGGGCCGAAAAGCUUGACAAGAUAUAGUGCAUGUGGGUUUCUCGUGAACCUAGAUAAGGUUAUCUUGAAAAGAAGGCUCAAAUGUUCUAUUAGGCGUCGUAGAUCGUAAAUGGUUGAAUGCAGUAAUAUGGCGUCUUUCCAACCUAUAAAUCUAUGUCUCCUUUCCCAGUGUCUAGUGCUUGUUUGUGUUUUGGUCUGAUGGUCUUUACCAUUAUUUUCUUUGUAUUCGACUUUCUUGUGGUGUGGCUUCUACAUUUAGUAAUAAUCUAUUUAGCUCUCAUGUCUU